CUAGUAAAGUGAAGAACCGGCCGGCUGACAGGAGUGAUUCCUUCACCGACGCCUUUCUGCCAUCUACAUCCGUCUGUUUUUAACCUCCAAAUGCUGUAAUUCAUCUCCAACACAACAGUCUGUUUACCUGCGGUCUAGUCUUGAAGCCGACUUGAUAUAAAAGAUCAGUGAUGUCGACCUACCAGGAGUUCAUCCAACAGAAUGAGGACAGAGAUGGGGUGCGAUUCAGCUGGAACCUUUGGCCCUCCAGCCGUCUGGAGGCCACUAGACUAGUCGUUCCAGUCUCUUGCCUCUUUACACCUCUAAAGGAAAGACCGAAUCUGCCACCUGUUCAGUAUGAGCCAGUUGUGUGCAGCCGGGCAAACUGCAAAGCUGUGCUCAACCCACUGUGUCAAGUUGACUUCAGAGCCAAAAUAUGGGCAUGCAACUUCUGCUUUCAGAGGAAUCCUUUUCCUCCCUCCUAUGCAGGGAUAUCAGAGGUGAAUCAGCCAGCUGAACUCAUGCCACAAUUUUCUACCAUUGAGUACAUUGUCCAGCGAGGACCCCCGACUCCUCUCAUCUUUCUGUAUGUUGUGGACACGUGUUUGGAAGAAGAGGACCUCCAGGCUCUCAAGGAGUCCCUCCAGAUGUCCCUGAGCCUGCUGCCACCCAACGCGCUGGUGGGCCUCAUCACGUUCGGACGCAUGGUUCAGGUUCAUGAGCUCAGCUGUGAGGGGAUUGCCAAGAGCUAUGUCUUYAGGGGAACCAAGGACCUCACCUCCAAACAGAUCCAGGAAAUGCUUGGUUUGACAAAGCCAGCAGCUGCAGGACAACAAGGUCGUCCUCUGGCUCCUCAGGAUGCUGCUGCUGCCUCUUGCAAGUUCCUUCAGCCUGUGCAUCGAGUCGACAUGAACUUGACAGACUUGCUUGGAGAGCUACAGAAAGACCCCUGGCCUGUCCCUCAGGGCAAGCGCCCUCUCCGCUCCACUGGUGUCGCGCUGUCUGUUGCCGUCGGCCUUCUGGAGGGGACAUUCCCCAACACAGGGGCUCGUGUGAUGCUUUUCAUUGGCGGGCCACCCACCCAGGGACCAGGCAUGGUGGUGGGAGACGAGCUGAAAACCCCCAUCCGCUCCUGGCAUGACAUCCAGAAGGACAAUGCAAGGCAUUUGAAGAAGGCCACAAAGUUCUUUGAAGGCUUGGCCAACCGGUCUGCAGCAAAUGGCCACAGUGUUGACAUCUAUGCCUGCGCUCUCGACCAGACUGGGCUGCUGGAGAUGAAGUGUUUGUCUAAUGUCACAGGGGGACACAUCGUGAUGGGAGACUCUUUCAACACCUCUCUGUUCAAACAAACCUUCCAGAGAGUCUUUAGUAAGGACUACAAUGGAGACUUCCGGAUGGCGUUUGGAGGUGUCUUAGAGGUCAAGACCUCCAGAGAGCUGAAGGUUUGCGGGGCCAUUGGACCCUGUGUUUCACUCCACUCAAAGGGUGCCUGUGUUUCUGAGAAUGAGAUGGGUGUCGGUGGCACAAGCCAGUGGAAAGUGUGCAGUCUCAACCCCUCCACGACUCUGGGCAUUUACUUUGAAGUUGUGAAUCAGCACAAUGCACCAAUCCCUCAGGGCGGCCGAGGAGCGAUCCAAUUUAUCACCCAGUACCAGCACUCAAACACACAGAAGAGGAUACGGGUCACCACCAUCGCCCGGAACUGGGCGGAUGCUCAGUCUCAGAUUCAGCACAUCGAGUCCUCGUUUGACCAAGAAGCAGCCGCGGUGCUCAUGGCUCGACUGGGAGUUUUCCGGGCAGAGUCGGAGGAGGGACCAGAUGUUCUGCGUUGGCUCGACAGGCAGCUCAUCCGCCUGUGUCAGAAGUUUGGCCAGUUCAACAAAGAUGAUCCUACAUCCUUCAAACUGUCAGAGUCCCUGUCCCUCUACCCACAGUUUAUGUUCCACCUUCGGCGGUCUCCGUUCCUGCAAGUGUUCAACAACAGUCCAGAUGAGUCGUCCUAUUACAGGCACCACUUUGUGAGACAGGACCUGACCCAGUCCCUGAUCAUGAUCCAGCCUAUCCUCUACGCGUAUUCCUUCCACGGACCACCAGAGCCGGUGCUCCUGGACAGCAGCAGCAUCCUGCCGGACCGAAUCCUGCUGAUGGACACUUUCUUCCAGUUGGUUAUUUACCAUGGAGAGACCAUAGCCCAGUGGAGAAAGGCAGGCUACCAGGAAAUGGCGGAGUAUGAGAACUUCAAACAGCUGCUWCAGGCUCCUCUGGAUGACGCUCAGGAGAUCCUGCAGACCCGUUUCCCCAUGCCUCGCUACAUCGACACGGAGCACGGAGGCUCCCAGGCUCGCUUCCUGCUCUCCAAAGUCAAUCCAUCGCAGACCCACAACAACCUCUAUGCAUGGGGACAGGAGACAGGAGCUCCCAUCCUGACCGAUGAUGUCAGCUUACAAGUCUUCAUGGAUCACUUGAAGAAGCUGGCUGUUUCCAGCUCCACGUAGAGCCAUUCCACUGCAGGAAAGGAGCACAACCUUCUAGGAUCCAACAACAUUUCCCAUAUAUAUAUUUUUUGUAAAGAAGCCAUACGCCCAGUCUAAUGUAUGUGCUUGAUCCAUCUUUACUGUCGUUUGCCUUGACUUGUGAUGUUUCCAAAGUGCAGAAGAAGUGAAGUAAAAUGAAAAGGGUCAGGGAUGGUGCAGUCAUGAAAAUAAAACUAGUAACAYUUUUGUCAUUAAGGAUUUAUUUAUGCAGAAUCUGAGGCAGUAGACUGUGUGCAUGUGAGCAAUAUGAAAUUCUGCUGUUUUAUACUGGUUCUUACCUCUGACUCUAUGAUUAGACUAAUAAUAUUUCCAUUAGUUCCUUGUUUGUCCUUCUGUGUGUGUGUCUGUUGUGUCGGACUGGAUUGAAGCUGCUGUGAAAUAAGAUGCCUGUAUUUGUGUUUGCUUUGUCUAUAGCUAAAGAUGAAAUGUUUAGAUUUUUUUGUCAUGAAUAAAUUAUAGUAGAAACUCUAAAUGCUCAAAUGUCUAAUCGGACUGGACGCUGGGGACUUGUUAAUCGGUUUGUUUAACAGUGAGCUUCUUCAAGGAUUAUACUUCCAACUUUUUCUACGAAAAACUCUGUCAAUGAAAAAUGAAGAUCCACGUUCUGAGGACAAAAUCACAUCUGCUCAACUGGGACAAAGUCUUUUUUUUUUUGUCCUCAACCAGGCAUUAAUGUCUAUUUUUAUCUUGGGACUGUAUAAGACAUUCUAUAGUUUCAUCUGGACCUGUUGACCAUCUGGUACUUUGCACCCGAUCACUGCCCAAGUGUCUUUGUAAUCUUAACUUUAAUACAGAGCAAAACAGUGCAAAAGCAA